UUGAAUCCAUUUGAUGUCAUUGUUUAGUCAUGGAGUAUCAACAAAGUGGAUGAUUUUAGCUGCAUAAUACAAGUAAAAUGGUUAAUCUCGUUGCACCACUGUCAAUGUCACAGAUGGCAUUCAGACGAUUGUGGGCAUACGAAGAUGAGCCACGACUGAACCGACAGGCUCGACAGCGAAUGAUGGAUCGUAGAGAUUAUCUGUCCGGGCUUCGCUGGGUUUGGGCCUGCAAUGGAGAGGUCCCAGCAGAUGCGGUAGCAGCAGACGAAUCUGUAGGAGACAAGCAAUGUUAUAUUGGACGGGCACAUCAUCAAGGGUCGGUAACGCCUGGAUUGAUUUUUCCUCAUCGAAAAGCUUGCUGCAUUCCAUGGGGAGGCGAUCAGCACGAACAAAAUAUCUAUGAAGUACUGUGUACUUCAGGUGAAUUUGUUCCAGUGUCAGAGAAAAGCACAGAAGCUCUUUUGAGAGCUAGUUCCGCCGGUGUAUCCGAAGAUGGAGAACCAUUGUUUAUUGGACGAGUUCUGCAUGAAGGAAAGUAUAUAUGUGGAAAGGUUCAAAGGUCUCAUGGAGUUUGUUACGUUGCACACGAGGGUGGGGAAGUCGGAUUUAGUGAAUAUCAGGUUUUCGUUGUUGAAUCUCCUGAACUGCAGGAUUGUCAUUAUUGGGUGUCUACUGAUGACGAUCGAAUUCCUAAAAAUGCUUUUAUUGGGGAAUCAACUAAAGAUGGAAACCUUUAUAUUGGACGUGCUAUGCAUAGAGGGUCAUGCACUCCUGGUUCAAUCAACCCAGUAACCCAGCAGUGUCAUAUUGCUUGGGGUUCUGAUGAGCACAGAAAGGCCAAAUUCGAAUACUUGUGCAACUGUAAAGGAAAAUUUAUAGCAUCACGAGAAAACUACAUUCCUGUUGGAGCAAUCCGCGGAGGAUAUUCGGAAUUUGGAGAACCUCUAUUUAUAGGACGUGUGCAACUCGGUAAUCAAUUUAUAAUAGGAAAGGUACAGCCUUCACAUAAGGUAUGCUAUGUUCCGUAUCGUGGCAAAGAGGUAGCUUACAAGGAAUUUGAAAUAUUGAUUCAAGAAUGAUACUGCAACUUGAGAAUCAUCAUUUGUGAUAAUGAAUAUGUGUUGGAAUAAAAACUAUAUCCUCAAGAAAA